UGAAUGGAGAAUUGCGGUGGUCUCGCUUCCGUGUCGAACCAUUAAUUUUUUGAGCGUGAUCCGGAUUGAGAUCGCCCGCUUCAUUGAACCUCCCUCCCUUCCCUAAAGCAAACGCAUUCCCUACGGCUGUAACUGACGUUCGUUUCACAAGCUAUUCUGUCAUUCCAUGAUUCAUUGUCUUUCAUCAAACCUGUGACUCUGUCCAUCUACUUGUGAACUCCCUCUGUCCACCUAACAGACCCUUUACCAUCUCAACAUGGUAUCCACCGCAACCUCCCCUGUGGUGACCCUCGAGCAGGAGAACCACGCUCGCGAUGCAGCCUUUAACAAAGCUCUUCAUGGGUCAUCCGCCCAGGCUCAGGGUGGUCUGAUGGCCAUGCGCAGGAAGGACCAAGCUGCACAGAAAGCGGCGGUUGACGAGUAUUUCAAACAUUGGGACAACAAAGCUGCGGCGAACGAGACGGAGGCGGACCGCAAGGCACGAAGAGACGAAUAUGCUACACUCACCAGACACUACUACAACUUGGCCACAGACCUGUACGAAUAUGGUUGGGGUACCUCGUUCCACUUCUGUCGGUUUGCCGCCAAAGAGUCCUUUUACAAAGCAAUUGCCCGCCACGAACACUACCUGGCCCUGAGAAUGAACAUGCAGGAGAACUCUCGUGUCUUGGACGUUGGUUGUGGUGUUGGUGGCCCUGCUCGAGAGAUGAUCAAGUUCACUGGCGCCAAUGUUGUCGGAUUGAACAACAACGAUUACCAGAUUGAGCGUUCGUUACAAUAUGCGGUGAAGGAAGGCCUGGCAGAUAAGUUCUCUGCAGUCAAGGGCGACUUCAUGCAGAUGUCGUUCCCCGAAAACAGCUUCGACGCAGUCUAUGCGAUCGAAGCUACCGUUCACGCCCCGAGCUUGCAGGGAGUGUAUGAGCAAAUUUAUAAAGUGCUCAAGCCAGGAGGCGUUUUUGGAGUCUAUGAAUGGUUGAUGACGGACAACUACGACAACGACAACCCGGAGCAUCGACGAAUCCGACUUGGUAUCGAACAAGGUAAUGGUAUCUCCAACAUGGUCAAGGUGUCGGAAGGAUUGGCGGCCAUCCGAGGGGCAGGAUUUGAGCUCGAGCACCAUGAGGAUCUCGCAGAGCGACCAGAUGCGACGCCCUGGUAUUACCCUCUUGCGGGAGACUUCCGACACUUGAGCAGCAUUGGGGACCUCUUCACAAUCGCCAGAAUGACGUGGUGGGGACGAGGAUUGAUUCACAGAUUCAUUGGUGUCGGUGAGACGCUGAAACUGAUGCCGCAAGGUACGCAAAAGACGGCAGAUAGUCUUGCACUUGCCGGGGACUGCUUGGUUGCGGGAGGAAAGCAGAAGUUGUUCACCCCCAUGUAUAUGAUCAUCGCUCGCAAGCCACUGAACGCUUGAGUGAGGUCGGGUUGUUCUUCUCGGUUGGCAAAAGGCGUUUCUAGGCACCAGGGUGUA